UCUGGCCUGUGGGGGCUGGGACUCAGAAGGGGGAAGGAUGUUUUCGGGAGUGACUCAGCGAGCGCAUAAAGACAAGGAGUGCAUCCGGGAGAGAGACACGCCCUGGUUCAAGAUUUCCUCAUUUCUCAGCGUCCUUCUAAGCUCCACUCUCCCGCCGGCUCCUCACCAACAGCAUGGCCUUCACAGGGAAAUACAUUCUGGAGAACCAGGAGAACUACGAGCAGUUCCUGGAAGCCAUUGGCCUCCUCAGUGCUAAGACGGACCACAAGGUAGUGACAGAGGUGGUCCAGGAUGGCGACCACUUCACCUGGACCCAGUCGAUCCCCAACUGGACCUGGUCCAACGAGUUCACCAUCGGACAGGAGUGUGAACUACAGACAAUGACGGGGGCCAAAUUCACGGCUAAUGUGACCAUGGAGGGUGGGAAGAUCAAAAUACAAUUCCCCCAGUACUUGUUUACAGCAGAGAUCGUUGAAGACAAGCUUGAAAUGAACUGCACCACUCCUGGAGACACGGGCCUGGUGUUCAAACGAGUCAACACCAGGACAUGAGGCUCCCCAGAUCAGUCUCGGUCCUGUACCGCCACAACGGGUCUGCCAGACGUUGGCCGUGCAAAAGAAACCAUGGCUGACAUCACGUUUUCCCUCACAUCACAGAAGAAGACCGCCCUCGGUCUGGCUGGGAACCACAGAGUGUUAUUUGCUCGCUAGGUUAGUUAACUUUAUAGAGAUGGCAAAACCACACAUUUAUAAUUAUUCUGUUAAUUCCUUGAACAAAAUGCUUUGGACACUAUUGCACGUCGCCGUGCGUUAAAAGGUAAUUGAGGUGUAAAAUGGAUUUGGGAUAUGUUUUGUAUGAUAACGAGUUGAAACGUUCGUUUUGGAGCACAAAAAACGCAUAUAGACGCUUUCUUCAGUUGGCUGUUUUUAGACGAUUCUAUCAAAACGCUAUAACCUUGGAACGAUGGGGGCACUGGUUAUGGUAAAAACUAAAUCGCUAUAUUAAACCUCUUAAAAGGACUUGUUUUUAAGACUUGAUAAGUAGAUUGGCAAGUUUGCGUGUUGCUGACGGAUGUCACAAUCUCUGUGUUCGUCAGUCUACCUAUCGAGACUUAAAAACAAAAUGGCGUAGACGGGUGAUCUACUGAUGGUAUUGUGUGUAUAAAAUAUCCUUUUUAAUAAACAAUAUGUACAGUUACAAAGUUCUCAAUGCCUCGUUUUAUAUGUUAAGACCCUUAUACUACCAAAGAAGUGUCUGGCUACUUUUAGCCUUUUAAGUGGUUAAAAAUAGCGAUUUAGAUUUGACCAUAACCAGUGCCCCCAUCGUUCCAAGGUUAUAGCGUUUUGAUAGAAUCAGCUAAAAACAGCCAACUGAAGAAAGGGUCUAUAUGCGUUUUUUGUGCUCCAAAACGAACAUUUCAACUCGUUAUCAUACAAAACAUAUCCCAAAUCCAUUUUACACCGGAAUUACCCUUUAACAAGUACUUUCCAGAUUCACACCAGCUAAUGGUACCCAUUUUAUGCAAUCUAUACGAUACAACCUUAUUUGUCAGUUUGGACAGAAAUUAUUUUUUGCAUAAACCUUUAACCUUGAAUAAACCUUGCCGGUUAUGUUUAUGUUUAAGUGGAAGUUAAAUGUAAUGUAUGGGUAUGAGUACAUUGUCACGUAGUUCAUCUUGAGGAAAAUGUAACCCAAAGGUCAAUGAUUCAUGUGAUACUCAUCCCUGCCAUGUACUCUGAAUAAAGGUCUUUGUUUACAUCCUUCAA